AUGGCGGACUCCGACGCUCCCGUUACGCUCCGAACGCGCAAGUUCAUCCGAAACCCUCUGCUUGGCCGCAAGCAGAUGGUCGUUGACAUCCUCCACCCCAACCGCCCCAACAUCGCCAAGGAGGAGCUCCGCGAGAAGCUCGCCACCAUGUACAAGGCGACGAAGGAACAGGUCUCCGUCUUUGGCCUGAGGACCCAGUACGGUGGUGGUAAGACUACCGGCUUCGGCCUCGUCUACGACUCCCCUGAGGCUCUUAAGAAGUUCGAGCCCCAGUACCGGUUGGUCCGCGUCGGAUUGGCCACCAAGCCCGAGAGGGCCUCCCGACAACAGCGCAAGCAACGCAAGAACCGACAAAAGACGCUGCGCGGCACCGCCAAGUCCAAGGGCGCCAAGGCGAAGAAGGACAAAUAA